UCUGCUAAUAAUUUAUUUGCAGUCCAGUUUGUUGAGGACUGAUGGCUUCUAUCCGUCUUCCAAGAAUGGAGGUUAGGACAUGGUAUGCCACUCUCACUUGGUUCCAGUUGAUUACCAACUGCUUCAUUAUACAAUAUCUCUUGCUAGGAUCCGUAGAGUCACUAAACUGUUCAGAACCAACAACUAAAUCGCUCCUUAAUGCCAUGAGAGAGGAAGUCAUCCUCUACAGUGAUGCAAGGCCAGUUAUAAGUCUGAGCACUCCCACCAACGUCACAGUGGACUUGACUCUCUAUGGAAUUUUAGGAGUGAAUGAAAAAGCACAGGUGUUGGAAACAUAUCUGUGGGUGAGGAUGACAUGGCAGAUUGAAGGUUUGAGCUGGGAUCCUGCGGAGUGUGGAGCAAAAAAGAUUUCACUACCAAGAGAGAAGAUAUGGGUUCCAGACAUUAUCAUUAAUGAAUUCAUGGAUGAAAACCGAGCACCAGAAACAUAUUACGUCUAUGUGACCUCCACUGGUCUAGUGCUCGAUGGACGGCCGUUUCAUGUAAUCAGCUCCUGCAAACUGGACAUCUACACCUUUCCAUUUGAUUUUCAGAACUGUUCAUAUACUUUCAACUCUUACAAACACUCUCGUGAUGAUGUUCAGUUGUUCUUAUUGCUGCCCAUUGAGCAGAUAUUCAAAAAUUCUCUUGAAGCAAUAACAACUAAAGGAGAGUGGGAGCUGAUAGACAUGAGGGCAGAAAAAUCUUCACAGCUCUCUCUGGAAGAGGAAUGGGAUAGCCUCAUUGUUUAUAUUGUCUUGAGACGUCGAGCUACGCUGUAUGUUGUGAACCUCCUGAUUCCCAGCAGCUUCCUGCUUUCUUUGGAUCUCUUCAGCUUCCUGCUGCCUCCUCAAGAGGUGGACCGUGCUUCCUUCAAAAUGACCCUGAUUUUGGGUUACACAGUCUUCUUGCUGCUAAUGAACGACAUGCUGCCUGUCACAGGAAAUGACUUACCACUCAUAAAUGUUUUUUUCUCUCUCUGCUUGGCCUUGAUGGUAGCAAGUCUCCUUGAGACUAUCCUCAUCACCAAUGUCGUGUGUGGUUCCCGUGACUUUUCUCCAUUACCUAAGUGGCUCAGGAUUCUGGUUCUGAAAUAUCUUGCUCGACUUGUUUGUAUGAAGAAAUCUUGUGAUAAACACAUUGUAGCAAACAGAUCUGAGAGCACUUUCUACAAAAACAGCAUGACUGACAAUGCCAUGAUUGACAUUCCACUAGUUAGUGGAAGUCAAGUGAGAGUCUGGGAACAAUGUCUUGAUGAAAUGAAGAAGAUGAGUAAAGAUUUAUUGGCCAUCCGCCACCAAGUUGAAGAGCAAUUCAAUAAUGACAACAGAACAGAUGAAUGGAUCAUGUUUGGUCAGGUCAUUGACCGCAUGCUCUUUAUAAUGUAUAUUCUCUUUAUCAUUGUGAGUUUAAGCACAAUUAUGAUUCUGUGGCUGCACUUGUACAGUCUAGACAAAAGGCCAUAAUAUAUUAUCGCCUUUUCUGUAAACUGAAGACAUCA